AUAUUUGUUUGCGACUGGCUGGGCUGAAGUGGGCUGAUUAGGGAAAAGUUAUUGAUUUCGUUUGCAAGAUCCAUUAUUUUGGCAUAAAACCUUCAAGAAUUCAUAUAAAUUGUGUAAAUUUAAAAGUGUACGUUUCUUUUAACGUAUCUAACGUGUCAAUUGCGAGAUAUCGUCAUGGGAGCUGUGCUGGGUCUUUGUUCCGCAGCGCAGCUGGCUUGCUGCUGCGGCAGUGCGGCGUGCUCCCUGUGUUGUUCAGCAUGUCCUUCAUGUGCCAAUUCAACUUCAACACGCCUUAUGUACACGGUGAUGCUGCUGUUGGUUAUGAUCACAGCCUGCAUCACUCUCGCCCCAGGAUUACAUGAUGAAUUGAAGAAGGUACCAUUUUGUCAAAAUUCAACAGGACUUGUCCCAGGGGACUUCAAAGUCAAUUGUGAUCAAGCUGUUGGGUAUUUAGCUGUUUACAGGAUCUGCUUUGCAACAUGUCUAUUUUUCGUACUUAUGGCUCUGAUCAUGAUUGGUGCAAAAUCGUCCAAAGAUCCAAGAGCUGGCAUUCAGAAUGGUUUCUGGGGUAUAAAGUACCUAUUAGUGAUUGGUGGAAUCAUAGGUGCUUUCUUCAUACCAGAGGGAUCAUUCGCCUCAACCUGGAUGGUGUUUGGAAUGAUCGGAGGGUUCUGCUUCAUAGUCAUACAGCUUAUCCUGAUUAUUGAUUUCGCCCACUCUUGGGCGGAAAAAUGGGUUUCAAACUACGAGGAAUCGCAGUCUCGAGGCUGGUACGCAGCACUUCUGUUGGCGAUGCUCACAAUGUUUACGGCAACCCUCACUGGCAUUGUGUUGCUCUAUGUUUAUUACACUAAAGCCGACGGCUGCGACCUUUCAAAGUUCUUCAUCUCGUUCAACCUGAUCCUGGUGGUGAUAGCGAGCGCGAUCUCGAUUUUACCGUCUGUGCAAGAACAUCAGCCGCGAUCCGGCUUACUGCAGUCCGCUGUUGUCGGUCUAUAUGUCAUCUACCUCACUUGGUCCGCGUUGUCAAACUCUUCCAAAGAAUGCAACUAUUUCUACGGUGAUGGCAAGGGAAUGCAAGAGGAGACCUAUUGGUCAUCCUUCGACAAACAAUCGAUCAUCGGCUUGGUCGUGUGGGUAUGCAGCGUCCUCUACUCCUCGAUCCGCACGGCCUCCUCGUCUUCCAAGAUCACCAUGUCUGAACACAUACUCGCAAAAGAAGGCAAUGCAGCUCAAGGAGGUCUGAUUGCUACCGAAGAGGGCGCUGACGGCGGUGAGGGUGGCCACUCGGUGGAAGAGAAGAAAGUCUACGACAACGAGGGCGACGGAGUGGCCUAUUCCUGGACCUUCUUCCACAUCGUGUUUGCUCUUGCCACGUUGUACAUCAUGAUGACGCUUACUAAUUGGUACAACCCAAGUUCCCAACUAUCCAAAGAAAACGUGGCUUCGAUGUGGAUUAAGAUUACAUCAUCUUGGCUCUGUAUCGGAUUGUACGUGUGGACUCUAGUCGCUCCCGCUCUCCUACCUGACAGGGACUUCAGUUAAACUUGCAAUCUACCAUCAGUUACAUCAUCUAUAUACUCAAAACAUCAUUGGCGUAGUAUACGCUGAAUAUUUGAACCAGAGAUAACGAGGAUCUCAAAUUUUUUUCCUAAUAAAAUUUUCCGAUUUUCCUUUUAUUGUGAUAAUUAUUAAUCUUGCUCUACCUACGUUUUUCUCAAACAUUCUGUGACAUUUUGUUUGUAUUCUUUAUUUUCCAAUCUAAUAUGUUAAUUAAGGGCAGAUUUUAGCUUUAAAUGUUGUAGAUAUUAACAUACAUUACAUUUGAUCGGUUUUAAUAAAAAUCGUCU